UGAAGCGAAGUGAAAGAUGGAUGGAGCAUGAGGAAACUAUGAAAUGAGCAUGAGCAGAGGCGGUGGGGGGCGAGCGGUGGAGCGGCGGCUACUCCGCCUUCUCCAUGGCCGCGAAACACGGAUCCGCCUCCGCGAAAUCCAUGCCCAAUUCCUACGCCACAACCUCCACCACUCCAACCAGCUCCUCUCCCACUUCACCUCCGUAUGCAGCUCCCUCUCCCAAAUGCCCUACGCUGUCCGGGUAUUUCAUCAAUCGCCCAACCCCAACAUUUUCCUCUUCAACUCCGUCAUCAAGGGCUUCUCCAUCUGCGGGCCCUUCCACGGCUCCAUUGCCACAUUCUCCGCCAUGAAACGCCGCUGCAUUUGGCCCGACCAAUUUACCCUUGCGCCACUGCUCAAGGCUUGCGCCAAUCUCUUUGACCUCCAUUUGGGGCUUCAGGUUUACAAGGAUGUUAUGGCGCUAGGGUUCGAGCGAUUUGGCGCCAUUAGAGUCGGGUUAGUCGAGCUGUUCGUGAAUUGUGACAGAAUGGGAGAUGCCGAGAAGGUGUUCGACGCAAUGCCUCAACGGGACGUGAUCAUUUGGAACUUGAUGAUUCGUGGGUAUUGCAGGACUGGUUCCGUUGAAACCGGAUUGAAUCUGUUUCGACGAAUGGGUGAAUUCAGGAAUGUUGCUUCUUGGAACACAAUGAUUUCGUGUUUAGCACAGAGCAACCGCGACAGUGAUGCUUUGAAGCUCUUCACUGAGAUGCAGCAAAACCAAUCUUUCGAGCUUGAUGAAGUUACUGUCAUAACUGUUUUGCCAAUCUGCACUCGUUUAGGGGAAGUUGAAGUCGGGAAGAGCCUUCACUCCUACGUCAAAUCGACAGGCCUUUUGCACGAAUUCGUCUCCGUGGGCAAUGCAUUGGUGGACUUCUACUGCAAGUGCGGCGAAUUAUCCAAAGCACUUGAAGUGUUCGAUGAAAUGCCUUGCAAGAAUGUGGUUUCUUGGAAUACAAUGAUUUCGGGAUUGGCAUUGAAUGGGGAGGGUGAGCUUGGGGUGCACUUUUUUGAAAAGAUGAUGAAGACAAAUGGAGGCUGUGGUGUACCUCCAAAUGACAGCACACUUGUUGGGGUUUUGGCAUGUUGCGUGCACGCUGGGCUAGUGGAAAGGGGUCGAGGUUUCUUUGCUUCAAUGAGUGUGGAUUACAAUGUAGAGCCGAAAGCGGAGCACUAUGGGUGUAUGGUGUAUCUACUCGGGCGUAAUGGUUGUGUGAAGGAGGCUUAUGAGUUGAUCUUAAAAAUGCCGAAGGUGAAGGAUGAGACUAUUGCUAAUGUUAAUGUUAAUGCUGAUGUUGUUAGAGUAUGGGGUGCUUUGCUUAGUGCAUGCCAGACAAGUGGGGAACUGGAGGUUGCGGAGAGUGUGGUGAAGGAGCUGAUCGAUCUUGAACCCGGGAACUCAAAAAACUAUGUGUUUUUGUCGAAUAUUUAUGCUGAGAAGGGAGAUUGGAAAGGUGUUGAGGAGGUGAGGAUGAUGAUGAAAGGGAAUUGUGUGUAUAAGAAUGUCGGGCAGAGCGUCGUGGGAUGACGGCGAGGGCGAUAGUUGGAGUGAGAGUGUUGUUCCGGGGAUAGUUAGUUUGGUUGAAUGCUACCAAAUAUCUGUUCCACCACAUGUAGAAAAAAAUAUAGACGAUUUGAUAUUCCCGUAAGGAUGACCUAGUGGUGUGUCAGAUUCGAUCGGGUCUACCCAAAGUGCUUAUGCCCAAAAUAUUUGGGUAAACUAAGAAAAGUCGACAUCACUUAUGUUUAACCAAAUUUCAAUGUUAGAUCUGAAUUUCUAUUUUUUUUUUUUUUUGUAAAGCAGGUUAUCUUUAGACUAAUAUAAAGAAUUGCAAGCUGCUGUAUAUAUAUAUAGA